AUGGACAUGAGCAUAAUUCAAAAUGGGAGCAUAAGAAACAUUUCUCUUUGUUAUGAACAUCAUCCUAACUCCUGUCAGAAGUUCAUCUAUCCACUGGCUGUGCGAUAUAUUAUGUUUCUUAUUUUUUGUGUUAUUGUACUUCUCACAUUGUUUGGAAAUCUUCUGGUGAUCAUAGCCAUAACUCAUUUCAAGCAGCUGCACACACCAACUAACUACCUCACUCUCUCUCUGGCUGUAGCGGACCUGCUUGUAGGAUUGGUUGUGAUGCCUCCUAGUGUAAUACACUCUGUGGAGACUUGCUGGUAUUUUGGGAGUUUAUUCUGCAAAAUACACAGGAGCUUUGGCAUUAUAUUGUGCACUGCGUCUAUUUUAAAUCUUGUAUUUAUCUCUGUUGAGCGAUAUUAUGCAGUAUGUCACCCCCUGCUGUACCACAGUAAAAUGACUCCUCUUACCACUCUGUUCAUGAUCACUGUUUGCUGGGGUCUUGCUGUUGCUGAGGGCAUUAUGUAUCCAGAGAUAAAUAAUCUGGGCAUGAAAGUUUACAGUGGUUAUAUAUGUAAGGGAGCCUGUGUGUUGCUUAUAGGACCUGUGAUAAGUUUAUCAGCUUCUGUGAUCUUUUUGUACAUCCCUACCAUUAUCAUGCUAAGCAUAUAUCUGAAAAUAUACCUUGUUGCAAGGAGGCAAUCACGAUUAGUCCUCAAUACUGUCUCUCAAGUAAAUAAAUCCAGAGGGCAGCCUGCCGUUAGUAAGGCACAGAGAAAAGCAACUAAAACAUUAGUCAUUGUCAUGGGAGGGUUUUUAUUAUUUUGGGCACCUCUUUCUCUGUGUAAUCUUGUUGUGACAUUUUCUGGUUUUAAUGGUCCACCACAACUGUAUGAUGUGCUUUGUUGGAUUGCUUAUUCAAAUUCAGCUUGUAAUCCUAUUAUAUAUGCAUUCUUUUACAAGUGGUUUAGAAAGGCACUCAAAGUUAUUCUAUUAGGUCAAAUAUUUAGGAGAAACUCUUCCAGAAUACAGCUGUGUUCAGAGUAG